AUGUCGGACGACGCCGAGGGCAAGGGCAAAGAGAGCGAGAACGACAGCAAGGGAGCCAAGAGGGCAAGAAACGAGUCUGCGAUGACCAAGUGGCCCUGCGCGAAGGAUCUGGCGCCAGCGCCCGGGGCCGCCUACCCGUCGGUGGGCCGCGCCGUGGAGGAAGAGGCCACGCGAACUGACCUCGUCAGCAGCCCAGCCAGCGGGGCCGAGCUGCCCACCUCUCUGCUCAUGCCAUCGCGCCCGCUGCAACCGGGGGCGCCGCUGUUCCAGCCGCAGAGCGCGGCUGACCGGACCAUCCGCGUCGAUAUUUUCAAUAAGGGCCAGUUCGACACGUUCGCCGCCAUGACCCAGGCGUUGGUGGCGCGCGCGAUGGCUGGCCAGAAGGCAACCGAGGGCCAGGCGCAGCUGCAGCAACGCCGCGAGUGGACGCCAGCGCCCCUCUCAGGCGCAGGCCCCAGUGGACCCUCAGCGCAGCCGCGGCGCGAGCCGGACCGCACGGGGGGCGACCUCAUGAUGGGCCAUGCGGCCUCGCUGCCCCACAGGCGCGAGGCCUCUGGCAGCCCGCGCCCCUUCGGGAGGGCCAUGACCGACCUGCCCGCGUGGACUCGCGGCGGCGACGCGCCCGAGGCCAGCUUCCCCAGCGCGCCCUGCAGAGAAAGACCCGGCAGGGUGGUGCCGCAGCCCAAGAGGCGCUCUGGGCCGGCGGACGGCAUCCGAAGAGUCCGCACCACCACCUUCGACUUUUCCGCCUCGCCCCACGAGACGCUGCCCGUGGUGCGCGGUGUGGAGGAGCACCCGGACUCCUUCUCGCCCUGCGAGCUUGCCCCGGCGCCGCAGGCCCCGGGCCAAGGCUUUGCGUCCAGCAGCGCUUCGCGGCCGCCUGGAAGGUUUGACCCUCCAGAGCGACAGUUUGAUGUGCCGAGUCGCAGCGAGGCCGCGCGCCCUGGCGCCGCCGGGGGGGUGGCCGACGUGCGCCUCUGGUCCGGCGCGAGCCCGAGGAGCGCCCUCCGAGGACGGCUGGAGGGAGCCGCGACCGCUGGGCGCCGGGGUGCAGCCGGGGCAGGCGGUCGACAUCGACCGCGCCGGCUGGGGCGGCGUCGAGAACGACAUUGACCCCAUGAUCUCCUCGUACAGGGACCAGUACAAGACCAAACUGGACCCUCCCCCCCUCCGCAGGCAUGGGCAGCACCCUCCACGCGGCCGGGUUCGCGAGCGGCGCCGGCUGACGAGACGGACCCCAGAAGACCAGCCGCUUGAGGCCUCCGCGAUUCACUCUUUCGAGGUUGGCGAUGGUCGAGCCAGCCAGCGCUUUUUUACAUCCGCUUGGUAGUCAAACGUAGAACUGCAUCUGGCAGGGCCCACGAGUUCUGUGCUUGUGUUCCACCUCCGCCCCUUCGUCUGCGUCCCCUGGUUGUCCUCUGCCCUCUCUCUCCCCUGAGACCCUCAGUUGUCUGGCCGUGCGGGUGACUUGUAGUGAAAUGCGGCCUGCUUAAGCGCAUGCGCCGCACCUGUGUUACCUCUCGUCGCACCCCGGAAUUGGAAAGGCUGCGUUGUCAAUUCCACGUCGACGCGUGGCCUGCAGUUCUCCCCGCCGAGAAGCCGCUCGCGUCCCUGGCUGACUCAAGCGGAUGGGACUGUGGACAGGAGGGGGAGGGCGGAGGUGAAGGCCCCCCCCACCCCGCGAGCAGCCGGUGCCCGGUGACACCGGAGUGCCCCGGCGGCGGCGGCGUUUCCCAGAGGGGGCUGCGCCGACACCCGCUUGGGCGGCGGCCGCUUUUCGCUGAGGGGCUGCGCCGACACCCGUUCGGAAUGCGCUGGGCACGGCGGUCCGCAGAAGUCAUCUUCAAGCUACCACCACCGCCGCCGAGAUCGGGGUUAUCUCCUUUCGGUGGAGACAACCGCCGGGCCUCGGGCGCCCCGUGCGCCUCCACCCCGCGGCUGAAUGCCGCGGGUGGCCGCAGCGGCGCAGAAGCUCUCGGCUCGGGCCGGUGCGGCAGCGUGGCGCGGUGGGAGAGAAGGCUGA